AUGGCUGGCAGAAAGAAAUGCUUGGUUCUAGGAUUGCUUGGUUUUUUAUGGGCUGAACUGAGCAUUGAAGGCAAAGAAGAGGAAGAACAGACUUGCGGCAAGUUUGAUUUGAAUGGGUGUGUAGAUGCCAAAAACCAUUCACUUGUUAUUGGAGGACUGUUACCUACUCACUCCAGGACCAUCCCAGCUAACAAGACUACUUUGGAGCCAGUAUCAGCAAAAUGUGAAGAGUUCAACUUCCGGGGAUUCCGCUGGUUGAAAACCAUGCUCCACUCCAUCAAGGAGAUUAAUGAAAGGAAGGGUAUUUUGCCCCAAGUCACUUUGGGCUAUUAGAUCUUUGAUAACUGUUUCACCGUCUCCAAAUCUGCAGAAGCGGCGUUGGUAUUCCUUACCAGGCAGGAAGAAAACAAGCCCAAUUUCAGAAACAGCACUGGAGCAAUUCUGGCAGGAGUUAUUGGAGCAGGCGGGUCAUCCUUGCCGACUGCUGCUUCGAGAAUCCUAGGGCUGUGUUAUUUACCUCCGGUGGGCUGUGCUUCUACCUGCUCAGUUCUCAGUGACAAAUACCAGUUUCCAUCUUAUCAUCGCACAGUAGCCAGUGAUAAGAUCUAGUCGGAGGCCGUGAUACAACUUAUCCAAAACUUUGGUUGGGUCUGGAUAGGUACCAUAGCAGCUGAUGAUGAUUAUGGAAAAUACGGAGUAAGAAUCUUUAAGGAAAAAAAGGAGAGUGCCAACCUCUGUAUUGCAUUCUCUGAAAUCAUUCCCAAGGUCCAUUCUAAUGAGAAAAUGCAGAAAGCUAUUAAUGCCAUAAAGAAUUCCACUGCCAGAGUCAUUGUGCUUUAUGCAUCUGAUAUUGACCUAAGUCCUUUUGUGCUGGAAAUGGUUCACCAUAACAUAACUGACAGAACAUGGAUAGCGAGUGAAGCCUGGAUCACCUCAGCCCUCAUUGCAAAGCCUGACUAUUUCCCAUAUUUUGGUGGAAGUAUUGGAUUUGCAGUACCCAGAGCUGAUAUACCAGGAUUAAAAGAAUUUCUUUAUGAUGUCCAUCCCAGCAAGGAUCCAAAUGAUGUCCUGACCAUUGAAUUUUGGCAAACUGCUUUUAACUGUAUGUGGCCCAAUAGUAGUGCUCCAUACAACAUUGACCAUAGAAUGAAUAUGACUGGUAAAGAGGACAGAUUGCAUGCCAUGUCUGAUAAAUUCUGUACUGGAGAGGAGAAGUUGGAAGAUCUUAAAAACACCUAUCUGGAUGUGUCUCAGCUAAGAGUUACAAACAAUGUGAAACAAGCUGUGUACUCUAUGGCAUAUACCCUGGAUCAUCUAAGUAGAUGUGAAGAAGGAUACAGACCAUAUAUUCCAGGAAGCACCUGUGCAUAUAUACCUGAUUUUGAGCCUUGGCAGUUAAUGUACUAUUUGAAGACACUUAAGUUUACAACCCAUAAUGGAAUGAGAAUAGAAAUGGAUGAUAAUGGAGAUGUGACUGGAUACUAUGACAUUCUAAACUGGCAAUUAGAUGAUAAUGGAGAGACUGCCUUUGUGAAGGUCGGAGAAUAUAUAUUCACAAACUCUAAAUCUGAACUCGUGAUGAAUAAGAAUGCAAUAAUAUUUUGGAAGACGGAAUCAUGGGAGCUUCGCCAUUCAGUGUGUACUGAUCUGUGUCAUCCCGGGACCUGGAAGGGGAUUCGUCAGGGGGAACCAAUAUGCUGCUUUGACUGCAUCCCAUGUGCUGGUGGACAUGUGUCAUGGGAGCCAGGUCAAAGGGAGUGUGAACAAUGUGGUGACAACUGUUGGUUGAAUGCACAAAAGAGCGAGUGUGUGCUGAACGAGGUGGAAUUCCUUGCUUAUGAUGAAGCCCUGGGAUUCACUCUUGUUAUUCUCUCCAUCUUUGGGGUGCUUGUGGAUUUGGCAAUCACAGUUGUGUAUGUGAUACACACACACACACACACACACACACACACUGCACUUGUGACCACCAAUGACCGGGAGCUGAGCUUUCUCAUUCAGGUUUCUCUUGUCAUGUGGCUGUCUUCCAUGCUCUUCAUUGGCAAGCCACACAACUGGUCCUGCAUGGCCCGCCAGGUCACUCUGGCACUGGGCUUUUCUCUCUGCCUGUCUGGCAUUCUUGGAAAGACUGUUUCACUGUUUUUAGCCUACAGAAUUUCCAAAUCCAAAAUCCGCCUUAUAUCCAUCUACCCUCUUUAUCAGAAAGUCAUCAUGUUAAUCUCUGUUCUAGUCGAGAUUGGCAUAUGCACAGCCUACUUAAUACUGGAACCCCCAAGGGUGUACAAGAACAUGGAAUCUCAAAAUAUAAAGAUUAUUCUGAAAUGUCAUGAAGGUUCUAUAGAAUUUUUGUGUUCUGUGUUUGGGAUGGAUGUCUUCUUGGCCUUGCUGUGCUUUCUUACGACUGUUGUGGCUUGCCAGUUACCGGACAAUUACAAUGAAGGAAAAUGCAUCACCUUCGGGAUGCUAGUUUUCUUCAUCAUCUGGGUCUCUUUUGUCCCUGCUUACUUGAGCACCAAAGGCAAGUUCAAAGUGGCUGUGGAAAUAUUUGCAAUCUUGGCAUCCAGCUAUGGUUUGUUGCGUUGUGUAUUUGAGCCCAAGUGCUUCAUUAUUUUGCUGAGGCCAAAGAGGAACACGGAUGAAAUUGUUGGCAGAAGAGUCCCCACUGUAGAUAAGAGCAUCCAACUGCCUUCAGCCUCUGUGAGCAGUGAGCUCAAUGACACCACGGUGUCAACUGUUCUGGGUGACUAG